AGCAGAACCAGAAUUAUAAUCAAAUGGCUUGCAACUAUUGCAAGGAAGUUGGCCAUUUCAAGAAUCAAUGUCCUAAGCUGCGAAGAUUUAAUUACAACAACUCUGGUUGGAGAGGAGGCAAUAAUACUGGAGGACGUGGAGGACGUGGUGGUGGUCAAAGAGGCAAAGCGGCAGUCCAAUUGGUGCCAGAACCUGACUUCUACGGCAUUGCAGGGCAAGAUCCCUCACAGGGUAAUGUUUCCUUGACUAAGGGAACUCGAGAAUCUGUGCACCAGGGUGAUCAUGGGCAAGGGAGACCUGAGGGGGAGACUGUUUCACUUGGAUUGCAUGUACGCAGAGCCAACACAAGCACCGGAACAGCCUUUAGCCCUGACAUUGAAUUCUGACAGAUUAAGUGAGCUUUGGUUGUGGCAUAGGCGUUUGGGUCAUCCAUCUUUUGGAGUUAUGAAGAAGUCCAUGCCUUCAUUGUUUCUGGGAGUUAGUGAGUCUAGCCUGCAUUGUGAAACUUGUGCUUUGGCUAAGAGUCAUAGGUCUAGUUAUCCUUCGAGUUUUCAUUCUAGUACUAUGCCUUUUGAGUUAAUUCAUUCAGAUGUAUGGGGUCCUUCUAAACAUUCUACCCUUUCUGGAAUGCGAUAUUUUGUGUUAUUCAUUGAUGACUUUACUCGAUUAUCCUGGGUGGUUUUACUUAAGUCCAAAGAUUCUGUUUUCUCUGCUUUUACAGCAUUCCAUAAGCUUGUUCGUACUCAAUAUGAUGCUCAUGUUAAGGUCUUUCGUUCCGAUAAUGGGGGUGAGUUUGUCAAUCAUUCUUUUCAUGAAUAUUUCCAACACCAUGGCAUCAUACAUCAAACUUCAUGCCCACAGACACCUGAGCAAAAUGGGGUGUCUGAACGGAAAAAUCGUCAUCUUCUGGACAUGGCUCGGUCUCUUCUACUUAGUGCUAACAUGCCUAAGUAUCUUUGGGGAGAGGCCGUAUUGUGUGCUUCGCAUCUA